CUCUUUUCUAUGUUGUCCUUUUUAUUUUGGACUAUUGUAAAAGGUGAAGAACGUCGUACACAAAGGGACGAGAAUUGGAUUCAGGUUCUGGUUGUCUGAAAAUAAAGGUUAGGGACCAAAUCACGUUUUUGCGGAUCGUUGGAUCAUCCGUUUGUGUAAUCGGGUCAGAUUUGGUUGCUCCACUUUCACCUCCGCCAAUGGUGCUCAUUCUCACAAAUGCCUGUUCGAAUCCAGACAAAAACACUAACCAAUCUUCCGUUUACAUUUUAGGGUUUUCUUCUACCCAUCCCUUCCAAUAAUCGCGCUCAUUCUUCUCUCUAAGAGUCUUCUAUAUCCCAGCUUGACACGAUGCGGUGGAUUAUGUACAGCAACUGAUAUUUGAAUACCUUGAUGAAUAGAUAUUUGGUCAAUCAAAUUAGCUUGAUUCAUGAAGAGAAGGGUUAAUCUUGUAUGGUUCAGAAACACAUUUUAUCCUUCGAACGCCAAUGCAGAUCAUUUGACCUUUGUUUGAAGACAUGGAUAAUGUUAAAAAUGGUAAUACUUCUAUGCCAAACGGUUCUCUCAUAAAGCCUGUUGAUGAAAAACAAACUAGAAACCAUGAUGACCUUUUGACUCGUCGUCUGAAGAACCGAGAAAGGCAGCGUCGAUAUAGGGCUCGGAAACGUCAUGAGACUGAUUUGAAGAAGGCUUUAAUCAGUAAUCAAUCUACUCCAGUUCAGUUUCAUCAGGUGUCUACUGAAAACCAAUCUGCUCCGCUGCAAGUAAAGGUUUCCCAAAGUGUAACUUCCCCAGAUAUUGUGACCCGUGUUCACUGCCAACGAGACUGGAAGCGAGAUGCUAGAAGGGUCCAAAUAAAUACGGAACAAGAAGUCAGAUCUAACCGCCCGAAUAAUUUUGGGACACCAACACUUGAUGGUAGUCUGGUGCCCACCUUGCAGUCAGGUCUAACGGUAGUUUCGGAGAUGAAAAAUGGAAUUCAAUCCAGUGAUCUUGUCCCAGAAGAUAAUACAGCACAGAGAUCAGUGCCAAGCCGCAGGCACUGGAAAGCAGAGGCCAGGAGCAAGAAAAUCUAAAGUGGCCGAGGCCAGGCUUUUUUCUGGGUUAGUGUGAUUGUCUAGCCAAUGUUAAUAAUUGCUCGAUAACUUCUUGUCUUAGGAGGAGCUUUUAAUGGAAAGGGAAUUGCUAUAGAAAUCAUGUAAUAUGAGUAAGUUAUCGUUGUUGGCUUCUUUUGUUAGUAGUCCUUACUGGAACUUCAAAUUUGUUUCUUUCCCGUUGUUGGUGUUGCUAUUGCAGAUUAAAGAAAUCAACAAACGAAUUGGACAGUAACAUUCUCGUUUUUUGUUUGAAUUGUUGGCACUUGGCAAGACUCGUAGAGGCACUUAGUAAAACAUGGUUAUCGGCUGAAGUAACUUGUGAUGUGAGAAAAAUAGGGCGUUUUGAGA